ACAGAAAUAACAUCUACAGCGCCAUGUAGCUAUUGUCCGGGGGAAUGCGGUAUUCAAAUUGAUUGAUUGAUUACUUAAAAGGAGUCACCAAGACGCAAACCAGUGGAAGAUUACAUUGUAAAUGACGCUGGACUGAAGCAGGAAGUUUUGACUUCCCGAUUAAGCUCGGUGUCGCAUCAUGCGGAGUUUUAAUUCUCAACUAAUUAACAAUAUUUGUAUUGGAGGAUUUUCACAAUAUCAGUGUAAGGAACGUCAGAUAAUUUAAGUUUGUGGUUGACCCUGCAACCACGCCUGUUGGAGAAAUGCUUCACUUGUCCGGAAAGCUAUUAUCAAAGGGUCCAGUGGGCCUUGGGUGUAAAUUUGGCUCUCUUCAGAGAUCUUUUCCUCUUCCGAGAUGUAGAUCUUUCCUUCCAACAUGUCCUAGACCGUCACAGGCCCGGGCAGUCUUUAGCAUUACUGCUUCAUUAUGUGUAAGUACCCUAGCAUAUCGAGGACUUUUAGUCAGGGCCCAUUGCCAACAAACCAUUAUAGAACCCAGACUUGGAAGUCCACCCCCAUCACCAAAGAGAACGAAGAAGACAAAACGGCACAGAAAUGUCAUCGUACGUAGUUUCUUCUACAUUUAUAAGUGUCUGAGCUUAUGUGGAAGGCUGCUGUGGAUCUCGGUGAUAUUCGGACCGAUUAUUUCGCUGUAUCCCAUAACAAUAUUGUCGGAUUCCUUUCGUCUAAGAUGGCACCGGAUGCUCUUAUGGGCCGUUGAGAUCUCCGGACCGACAUUCAUCAAACUUGGUCAGUGGGCGAGCACCAGGCGUGACGUCUUCUCGCCAGAGUUCUGCAACGUGUUCUCCAAACUCCAUCUGGACGCGCCCAAGCACUACUGGUACCAAACCCAGAAGAAGCUUCAGCGCUCCUUUGGGAAGGGCUGGCGGGACAUCUUCGUUAAGAUCGAGCAGUGUGUUCACUCUGGGUGCGUUGGGCAGGUGUACAAGGCAUACAUGAGACCAGAAGCUCUGUCGGAAGAGUGUCUCCAAGCAUUAGUGGAUGAUGAUGAUGAGCCCUCGGAGUUUGACGAUGGACGUGAAAUCAUCAAACUGGACUGGUUUUUCCGAAAAAGAACAAAGGAUCCGUACCUGGAUGAUGAGGAAAAUGACUCAAAUGGUGAAACUGAUGAAGAAAAUGCAAACGAAAUAUCCCUUGUCCACAUCGCAAAAUCACUUAAGGAAAGUGAUGAUGUCAUCCCAGUUGCUAUAAAGGUGUUACACCCGGGUAUCUACAGACGAGUCCAGUGGGAUCUUCAACUCCUCCAAAUUCUGGCCAAAAUUCUCUCUAUUGUUCCUGGUCUUCAGUGGCUUAGUCUCCCGGAAUGUAUGGCAGAGUUUGAGCAACUCAUGAAGAAACAGAUUGAUCUAAGAAUAGAGGCCAACAAUCUAGAUCGCUUCGUGGAAAACUUUGCAGACGUAAGUUAUAUUCGAUUCCCAAGGCCACUCCGACCUUUUGUGAGCAGAGAUGUCCUUGUGGAGACGUACGAGGAAGGAGAUCCAAUAACGUCUUACAUUACCAACUCCGAUGAUGAGGAUAGACCAGAGGGUCUUCAUGAACGACUCGCUGCGAUGGGGGUAGAGGCCCUCCUUAAGAUGGUCUUCAUUGAUAACUUCGUCCACGCCGACCUUCAUCCUGGUAACAUUCUCGUCCAGGGAGUCGACAGUUUCACCGGAGACACGGACAACAUCUUGAAGAUGGAGGACAUGUGCGACACGGUGGUCAUCAGCGUCAAGCCGAGGGAAUGCCCACUCAAGCUGGUCAUGCUCGACACGGGCAUCGUCGGUCAGCUCAACGAGUUUGAUCGCCAGAACUUCAGGGAUGUAUUCACAAAUGUGGUCCUGGGAAAGGGAGAGGUAGUGGCCGAUUUGUUUCUCCAACAUGCAAUCCACAAGUGCCCAAAUGAAAGUAAAUUUAAGACGGAUAUGGCGGAGUUAGUCAACUUUGCCCACGCACAAACGGUCAGGCUCGGCUCGAUGCAAGUUGGAGUCCUUCUGGAGGACCUUUUCUCUUUACUGAUAAAACAUAAGGUGAAACUAGAGAGUAAUUUUGCUUCCAUCAUGCUUGCCAUCAUGGUCCUAGAAGGUCUCGGCCGAUCCUUGGACCCCAACUUGGACAUCUUAGAAGCUGCAAAGCCAGUUCUUCUCGGUGGUAUCUUUUGAUGUUGGUAAAACUCGCCGACCUCUGCACUGUCGGUGUUUCUGUGAGUCACUUUGCGUAAACAUUCCUCACCAAUCAGUGUGCUAGUGCAAUGGCCUAGACUACCUGCUGCUCAGAGCGAGUGUAAUGCUAUGUUUGUGCAGUACUUUUGAACCGCCAUUUGAAGUGAAAACUGAGUAUGCUCUUAACCAUGGUCUUUGCCAGGAUGUGAUAAAAGCUUGUCCAAGUUUGCUGAAAAUAUUAAAAAUGGGUGUCCGAAAUAAUAAUAAUAAUAAUAAUAGUGGCUUCUUAUAGCGUGCAUAUCCG